UCUUGCUGAAAUGCAAGUCAUAUAUGUGGGGAUUUGUGAGUGUGUAAGUGAUAUUUUUGGAGCACACAUUGUGGACUUUCUCUUCAACCAUCUUGCCUAUAAAAGGAGCAUGGGAAAAUGCCUUUGGUGCAGCACCACUACUACUUCAGAACAAGCUUCAAAGCUUCUUCCUUCUUCUCUUUUGUAGCUUAGGCUUUCCAAUUCCAUUAUCCUAAAAUAUUGGUGUUAGCCUUUUGUAAUCAUCCUCACAUUUAGUGAAAUUUUCUCCUCCGGCCGUGGACGUAGGUCGCAUUGACCGAACCACGUAAAUUCUUGUGUCCACUGUCCAAUUUAUCUUUCUUUCUCUUGUCUUUGCUAUUACAAUUUUUGGGUUAUUAGAUUUAACCGGAACUCCGAUUCCUAACAUCUACUCCUACUUUUUGCUCUGUAUUUCAGAUUAGGGUUUUCUUUUCCAGCUCUGUUUAUCCUUGGCAUCAUUAAUGGCUGGAAAGGGCGAAGGACGUGCUAUUGGGAUCGAUUUGGGGACGACAUAUUCGUGCGUAGCGGUGUGGAGGCACGACUGCAUUGAGAUAAUAGUAAACGAUCAGGGCAACCGCACCACACCGUCCUACGUUGCUUUCACCGACACUGAGCGUCUAGUCGGCGACGCCGCCAACAAUCAAGCCGCUAGUAAUCCAAUUAACACUGUUUUCGAUGCAAAGAGGUUGAUCGGCCGCAAAUUUAGUAACCCAACGAUUCAAGAUGACAUGACGUUCUGGCCAUUCAAGGUCAUAUCCGGCGCUGCCGACAAGCCUAUGAUCAUGGUAAAUUACAAAGGGGAGGAGAAACAGUUUUCAGCUGAGGAGAUCUCUUCAAUGGUGCUCUCCAAGAUGAAGGAUAUCUCUGAGAAAUAUCUUGGAUCAACCGUCAAGGAUGCUGUCGUGACUGUGCCUGCUUAUUUUAACGACUCUCAGCGCAUGGCGACCAAGGAUGCUGGAGCUAUUGCUGGCCUUAAUGUUAUGAGGAUCAUCAAUGAGCCUACUGCUGCAGCCAUUGCAUACGGUCUGUUUGAAGGGAAUACGUCUGUUGCAAAGAAUGUGCUCCUUUUUGACCUUGGUGGUGGCACGUUUGAUGUGUCACUGGUGACGAUUAAGGCAGGCAUCAUAGAAGUGAAGGCUAUUGCUGGUGAUACUCAUCUUGGAGGCCAGGACUUGGACAAUGGGAUGGUGAAUCACUUCAUAAAAGAGUUCAAGCGCAAGUAUGGUAAAGAUAUAAGUGGAAGCCAAAGAGCUGUUAGGAGAUUGAGGACUGCCUGCGAGAGGGCAAAGAGGAUCCUCUCCUCCACUUUCCAGACCACAAUUGAGAUUGAAGCAUUGUUUGAGGGGAUUGAUUUCUUUACAACUAUCAGUCGUGCUAAAUUUGAUGAACUUAACGCGGGUUUAUUCAGCAAGUGUGUGGAGCAGGUGGAGAUGUGCUUGCAGGAUGCAAAGAUGGAGAAGAGCUGCGUCCACGACGUAGUGCUAGUUGGAGGGUCGAGUAGAAUUCCCAAGGUUCAGCAGCUGUUGCGGGACUUGUUCAAUGGAAAGGAGCUGUGCAAUAGCAUUAAUCCGGACGAAGCUGUGGCAUAUGGUGCUGCUGUGCUAGCUGCCAAGAUGAGCGGUGAUGGCAAUGACAUGGUGCGGAAUCUGAUUGUUUUGGAUGUUACUCCUUUGUCCCUUGGUACUGACGUCGAUGGAGAUAUCAUGAGCAUAAUUAUUCCGAGGAAUACAACUAUCCCAACCAGGAGAACACAAGGUUUCUGCACAGUGAAGGACAAUCAGACUAGGGUGCGGGUUGAAGUGUACGAGGGUGAAAGAAGCAGGACAACAGACAACAAUCUGCUUGGGGAAUUUACGCUCGAUAACAUUCCAGCAGCACCUAGUGGUUUUGCUGAUAUCCAAGUGUGCUUCGACAUUGAUGUGAAUGGUAUCAUGAAUGUGUCAGCGGAAGUAACGGGGACUGAAUUGAAGAAGAACAUCACCAUCACUAACGACAAAGGUAGGCUGCCCAUGGUAGAAAUUGAGAAAAUGAUUAUGGAUGCCAAGAAGUACAAGGAGGAGGACGAGGAGCAUAAGAAAAAUGUGAAGGCGAAGAAUGCUGUGGAGGACUACGCCUACAGCUCGAGGGACACCAUCAGAAGUGCAGCCAGACUCUCACCAGUUCACAAGAAUAAGAUGGAAGAUGCUUUUGAGUCUUUUAUGCAGUGGUUGGAGUCAAAUAAACAUGCAAAGGCUCAUGAUUUUGAAGACAAGAUGAAGGAGCUUCAGACCAUUUUCGACCCGAUUAUUGACAAGAUGUAGCAAGAAUCAAUGCACUAUUUAGAGUUGUUUGGCAGGAUCGUGUGGUUGUUUUUGUUCCCUUUUGCUGGUAAGGCCAAAACUUGCUAUGAAAUUAUAUGUCAAUAAACAAAUCUUGCUUAUUGUAAAAUUGCAAUGUAUUAAUGAUUUCAAGUGCUUAUGUA